CUUUGUGCAGUGCGAAGUUCGCGUUUUUUUGUCGCAUUUUGAUUGAAGUUUUCCGGUGAAAAUCUUUUGCCAAUCGAAGCAAAUUUACGUGUUAUCGAAAGCGUAGCAGGUGAAGUGCAGUUUGUGCUAUUUUUUACGCAUUGAAGCGUGCUAUUGGAGCAGAAAUCGCAGUUUGAAAAAUCCCGUUUAUCGAUUUUCACCGGAGCACCGGAUUGAAUCAUGGCGAGCAAAGAUAUCAAAUCGUUCUUCUACGAAUGGUGCCAGAAAAGUAGCUUGUCUCCUACGUUUGAAGUGCGUCCGACUGGUCCCAAGAAUCGACAACGGUUCCUCUGCGAGGCUCGAGUCCCUACGAUAUCAUAUGUAGGUGCUGGCAACUCCACCAACAAAAAAGACGCCGAGCGUAACGCCGCCCGGGACUUUGUCAACUAUUUGGUCCGUGUCGGUAAGGUUGCUGCAUCGGAUAUUCCAUCGGAAGUCGAAGGUGGAGCCCCAGGAGGCAAUGCUGAAGGAGGAGCACCUCCUUCCUCUGGAGGACCACCUUCCUCCGGAGGACCACCCUCGUUGAUGAACAUCAACCCGGCAAAUGUGUUCAAGGGUGGACUUGGUCCUUCGGAUCUGGGUCAAGCAUACCGGCCGUUCGUGCGGGAUAAUACGUACACCCCAUCGAAGGAAGAACUGGCCGAACAGGUGGCCAGCAUGGAGUCGGCUGAAUCGCUGGAUGUCAAUGCCGGAAUACACGGCAAUUGGACCAUCGAAAAUGCCAAGGCCAAGCUCAACCAGUGGUUGCAAAUGAACAAGAUGAAUCCAGAUUACAAGUACACUGCCGUUGGUCCGGAUCAUAGCAGAAGCUUCAUGGCCGAAAUGACCAUCUACGUCAAGCAGUUGCGCCGUAACGUCACCGGUCGUGAGUCCGGCUCGAACAAGCAAUCGGCCAGCAAGUCUUGUGCCCUGUCUUUGAUUCGUCAGAUGUUCCACUUGGGUGUGAUCGAGGCGUACAGCGGCAAUCUGAAAACUGCAAAGAGUCAAGAACAGCUGAAGCCAUUCCCGGUGCGCAUCUCGCAACAGUUGGAGCAACGCAUUGAGCAGUGCCUGCAGGAUGUCGAAAUCCGUCCGGUUAACAUCGAACAGAAGGGUGGCACUGGCGAACCGGUCAGUCUGCUGCAUCCCUCGGAUGAUGUGCACUACAAGCCACAAUCGGUGAAUCUGACCCAACAGGCUUCGGUUAUUCCGUGGUCCCCGCCGGUGCCGAACUGGAACCCAUGGACUGCUUGCAACAUCGACGAAGGUUACCUGGCCACUGCAACACUGGAGCAAUUGAGUGAAGAUCUGAUGCAGGGUGCUCGAGAACGUGCUCAGCAGGAUACUCAGCUGCAGGAGAGUAUGCGAACUCGCCAGGAGCUACCGAUUGCCAAAGUGAGGAAUAAAAUUAUGGAGGCGAUCAAUGAAAAUCCGGUGGUGUUGAUCCGCGGUAAUACCGGUUGCGGUAAGACGACGCAAAUUGCGCAGUUCAUCCUGGAGGAUUACAUCAACUCCGGACAGGGAGCGUACUGUAACGUUUGCGUGACUCAACCGAGAAGAAUCAGUGCCGUUAGCGUGGCCGAACGUAUCGCCAAUGAACGAUGUGAGAACUUGGGCGAGUCAGUUGGUUAUUCGGUGCGAUUUGAAUCGGUUCUCCCGAGACCGUACGGUUCGAUCAUGUUCUGUACGAUUGGUGUUCUGUUGAGAAAGCUAGAAGCUGGAUUGCGGGGUGUGUCGCACGUUAUCGUGGAUGAGAUUCACGAACGUGACGUCAAUAGCGACUUUAUUCUGGUCGUCUUGCGUGACAUGUUACACACCUAUCCGGAUCUGAGGGUUAUCCUCAUGUCCGCUACGAUCGACACGACGCUGUUUUCCGACUACUUUGGAAACUGUCCGUGCAUUGAAGUCGUCGGAAGGACAUUCCCAGUCGACCAACACUUCUUGGAAGAUUGCAUUGAGAUGAUGAACUUUGUUCCUCCGCUGGAUAACAGGAAGCGCAAGCGUAAUGGCGGAGGAGGAAAGGAUGAUGACGAGGAAGGAGGUGAGGACGCAACUCUCAAGCUCAGCGGUGAAGCGGAUACGUCCAAUCUGAACGCGGUGAUCGAUGAGCGGAAGUACAACAUACAAACGAAGAACGCUAUGGCUCGCUUGUCGGAAUCGGAAGUUUCCUUCGAGCUGAUUGAGAGCUUGUUGAAUUUCAUCGAUUCUCAAAAUGUACCCGGAGCUGUGCUGGUGUUCCUGCCGGGAUGGAAUUUGAUCUUUGCGCUGAUGAAGUAUCUGCAAAGCAAGCCACAGUUCGGUGGUUCCAAGUGCAUCAUUUUGCCGCUGCAUUCGCAGCUUCCCCGCGAGGACCAGCGGAAGGUGUUCGAUCACUUUGGAAAUACGCGAAAGGUUAUCCUGGCAACGAACAUCGCCGAAACGUCGAUCACGAUCGACGAUGUUGUGUAUGUGAUCGAUGUGUGCAAGGCCAGGAUGAAGCUGUUCACGUCGCACAACAAUAUGACCAGUUAUGCGACGGUUUGGGCCGCCAGGACGAACUUGGAGCAAAGAAAGGGUCGUGCCGGUCGGGUCCGCCCCGGAAAGUGCUUCACACUGUGCUCCAGGGCCCGCUUCGAGAAGCUGGACGAACACAUGACACCGGAAAUGUUCCGCACUCCGCUGCACGAGCUGGCCCUCAGCAUCAAGUUGCUCCGUCUGGGCUCGAUUGGACAGUUCUUGUCCAAGGCCAUUGAACCACCACCACUGGAUGCCGUCAUCGAGGCCGAGGUGAUGCUGAAGGAGAUGAAGUGUUUGGAUGCUGCCGAAGAGCUGACUCCGUUCGGUCGCAUCCUGGCUCGCUUGCCCAUCGAACCGCGGCUGGGUAAGAUGAUGAUUUUGAGUACCCUCUUCGGAGUGUGCGACCCGGUGGCAACGAUGGCUGCAUACUCCGGGACGUUUUCGGAAAUUUUCCAACUGGACGUUGGACAGCGUCGCUUGAUGACCCACCAGAAGGCGCUCAGUGGAAAGAGGAACUCGGAUUACGUUGCGAUGCUGACUGCUUACAGAAUGUGGAACGAGAAGCGUCGGCGCAGCGAGGAAGCGGAAGUCCAGUUCUGCGAGUGGAAGGGACUCCAGAUGUCGACACUCCGUGUCAUGUCUGAAGCCAAGCGUCAAUUGUUGGAACUGCUCUCGCAGGCCGGCUUCCCAGAAGAAUCUAUGAUUGAAAUGGGUUUCGACCCGAAUGAGGACGACCCACGAUUGGAUAUGGCCUUGUCUUUGUUGUGCAUUGGUCUCUACCCGAACGUGUGCGUCCACAAGGAGAAACGUAAGGUGUUGACCACAGAAUCGAAGGCUGCCCUGCUCCACAAAACUUCAGUCAAUUGCAGCAAUUUGCAGGUGACAUUCCCCUAUCCGAUGUUCGUGUUUGGAGAGAAGAUUCGUACCCGAGCCGUUUCGUGCAAGCAGAUGUCGAUGGUCUCCCCGAUUCACUUACUGUUGUUCGGUAGCAAGAAGGUCGAAUGGGUUGACAACAUGGUCCGCCUCGACAAUUGGAUGAACUUCGAAAUGGAUCCCCAUCAGGCGGCGCUGAUUGUUACGCUCCGACCGGUGCUACAAGAUCUGUUGAUUCGCAUUUCCGAAAGUCCCGAGGAAGUCAAUCGGCUGGAAGAGCGCUACCAAAAUUUGAUCGAUGUGGUUAAGGACCUGUGCGUGUUCGAUGCCGGAGACUGCGAUAUCAAGCGAGAGACUGGUUUGACUCCGUUGGAUCAGGCGCGUUCCAAUUCGAAUAAAUUCCCACGCUCGGACAAUGGUAACCGGUUCGGCGGCGGUGGUGGCGGUGGUUCCCGCUUCAACAACGGCGGUGGUGGAUUUGGUGGAAAUCGGGGAGGUUUCGGUGGAAACCGAGGUGGAUUCGGUGGAAAUCGAGGUGGAGGUGGAUUCAGUGGAAACAGGGGAAGUUUCGGUGGUGGAUAUGGCGGUGGCCAAGGCGGACGACGUUGGUAAAUUUUAAAUAAUUUCUUAAUCGUUCAAUGCUCUGCUAUUCUGUUCCGUACGCCACAUUGCAAACCAAGCAUUUCCAAAGUUUAGCUCUUUCCUGCCCAUGGUUGCCUAGAUGAUCCUCGCCAAGAGGGAUUUUACGCAGUAACUUGGUAGUUCGGUUUUGGAAGUAUGUUAUGACAGAACGCUCUGAAAAGGAAAGAAUUAACAAAACAAAUUUUAAUUCAACUGUGAAGUGAUGCUUGGAACAGAAAAGCAAAGCUUGAAUGACUUGAUCUUGGAUUGCAUAAUUGCGAAGAAUUUCAAAUAACUGUUUCUAAUAAUAGUGAUGAUAGUAGUAGUAGCGGAUUCAGUAUCGAUUGGAUAGUGAAAGUAUCCAUACUAGUUGUCGUAAUUUAUCUUACUUGGCGUUUGGACCUCUUCUGGACAGUGUGCCAGUUUGUGACACAUUAGUUUUAAAGUAAUAAUAAAUGGUACCUAACAAAA